UUUAGUUUUUAACUUUUUUACUACUUUUGCCGUUUAAUUAGAAAACGUGAGGUUGUGUGGAUUCUGUAAAAUUUUAAACAAAAAGCGUUUCACUGCCCAAAAUAAUGGCUGCUGGCCCGAUUUCUGAACGUAAUCAAGAUGCUACUGUAUACGUCGGAGGUUUAGACGAAAAAGUAGCAGAACCAUUGCUGUGGGAACUGUUUCUACAAGCAGGAGUGGUGGUUAGCACUCAUAUGCCAAAGGAUCGUAUAUCUGGCAGCCACCAGGGUUAUGGUUUCGUCGAAUUUCUUGCAGAAGAAGAUGCAGAUUAUGCGAUAAAGAUAUUAAAUAUGAUAAAACUUUAUGGGAAACCUAUACGAGUGAAUAAGGCAUCUUCACAUCAAAAGAACUUGGAUGUUGGCGCAAAUCUUUUUAUUGGAAACCUUGAUCCUGAAAUUGAUGAAAAACUUUUAUACGACACUUUCAGUGCAUUUGGUGUUAUACUUCAAACACCCAAGAUCAUGCGAGACCCAGACACAGGAAACUCAAAGGGUUAUGCGUUCAUAAACUUUGCGAGUUUUGAAGCUUCUGACGCUGCCAUGGAAGCAAUGAAUGGACAACAUCUCUGUAAUCGUCCCAUCAGUAUUUCAUACGCAUUUAAAAAGGAUUCAAAAGGAGAAAGGCAUGGUGGAGCAGCAGAGAGACUCCUAGCAGUGCAGAACCCACUGUCACAAGCUGACAGACCUCACACAAUGUUUGCUGAUGCUCCAAGUGAGAUGCCCACCCCGUUAGACCUCGCACACAUGGAUAUGGGAAUGCCUCCACCCCCCAUGUCUAUGCCAGGCAUGCCACCUAUUGGGCCACCUAUGUUACCCCCCAUGGGUAUGCCCCCUGGCCCCAUGCCGCCCCACCCACCCAUGGGACUUCCCCCAAUGCAUGGAGGGCCCCCUAUGCCCCCUUCGUCAAUGGACCAGUCUGGUGCUAUGAACAACCAAAUGAGUUGGGGCAACCCAGGCAUGGGUCCUCCUAAUAUGAUGCCCAACAAUGGACCCCCAAUGGGAAUGGGUGGUCCAAGAAUGGGUAACCAAUUCCAACCUCGAGGCCCCCCACCCCCUAUGGGGCCUCCGAUGGGCCCCCCGAUGCCAUGGGGCCCGCCCCAAAAUAUGUUCGACGGGGGUAUGCAUGGUCCCCCAAUGCGGGGUCCACCCCCGAAUAUGGGGGGUCCACCCAUGCAUAAUAUGAUGCAGAGAUGAGUUUUAGGCGUUCAUUGUUGAGGAACAACUUACAUUAUGACGUCAUAGUAACUCUGCUGAUCGUUUUACUUCAUUGGAAAAUUUCAGUUCGAAUGUUCGAGUAAAUUGUGAAUGUAAUGAUGAGAUAAUAAAAAAGACGAGCGACUCGA